UCUGAACUCAUUUUGGUGGCCAUUUCUGAAUUACUGUUAAACCCACUUUCAAACACAUGAAUGGGUAACCGCCACGCCCACCCCCAUGACGCCGCCGCCCACCCCGCCGGCGGUGCAUCCGCAUCGGACCACCCUCCCCCAUCACCACGCCGGAAACAUUCAUCCUCCGCAAACGCUGUCACUCGCCUGCUCUGCGGCAACGGCCGCUUCCUUGGCCGCCCGAUGGAGGAUGUCCGGUCCACCUACAUCAUCGGCCGCGAGCUCGGCCGCGGCCAGUUCGGCGUCACCUACCUCGUCACCCACCGCGCCACCGGCGAGCAAUUCGCCUGCAAGCGCAUCGCCACUCGCAAGCUCCGCAGCAAGGACGACAUCGAUGACAUCCGCCGCGAGGUCCAGAUCAUGCACCACCUCACCGGCCACCGUAACAUCGUUGAGCUCAAGGGCGUUUACGAGGACCGCCAGGCGGUCAAUUUGGUCAUGGAACUCUGCGCCGGCGGCGAGCUCUUCGAUCGGAUCACCGCCAAGGGCCACUAUUCCGAGCGGGCCGCCGCCGGGCUCUUCCGCCAGAUCGUUACUGUCGUGCACAAUUGCCAUUCGAUGGGCGUGAUGCAUAGGGACUUGAAACCGGAGAAUUUCUUGUUGUUGAACACCGACGAGGACUCGCCGUUGAAAGCCACCGAUUUUGGGCUGUCAGUGUUUUUCAAACCAGGAGAUGAAUUUAAAGACCUUGUUGGAAGUGCAUAUUAUGUCGCACCUGAAGUAUUGCGUCGAAGUUAUGGAGCUGAGGCUGAUAUAUGGAGUGCUGGAGUGAUAUUAUACAUAUUACUUAGUGGGUUUCCACCAUUUUGGGGAGAAAAUGAGCAGGGUACCUUUGAUGCUAUUAUACGGGGUCAUCUUGAUUUUUCAUCUGAUCCUUGGCCAUCCAUAUCCAGUAGUGCAAAAGAUCUUAUUAAGAAGAUGCUAAGAAAGGACCCUAAACAAAGGCUUACAGUGAUUGAAGCGUUGAAUCAUCCAUGGAUGAGAGAAGAUGGAGAUGCACCUGAUAAUCCUAUUGAUAUUGCUGUCCUAACUAGAAUGAAGCAAUUCCGUGCAAUGAACAAACUCAAGAAAGUAGCCCUCAAGGUCAUUGCAGAAAAUCUUUCUGAAGAAGAAAUCGUUGGCUUGAAGGAAAUGUUUAAAUCCAUGGACACAGAUAACAGUGGAACAGUUACUUUUGAAGAGUUGAAAGCUGGACUUCCAAAACUGGGUACAAAAAUCUCCGAGUCAGAAGUGAGGCAGUUAAUGGAAGCGGCUGACGUGGAUGGAAAUGGAAGCAUCGAUUACCUCGAGUUCAUAACUGCGACGAUGCACAUGAAUAGAUUGGAAAGAGAAGACCACUUAUACACUGCCUUUGAAUAUUUUGAUGUUGACAAGAGCGGGUACAUUACAAUGGAAGAAUUGGAACAUGCCCUGAAGAAGUAUAAUAUGGGUGAUGAGAACACAAUAAAGGAGAUUAUUGAAGACAUCGACACUGACCAUGAUGGAAGAAUUAACUAUGAUGAAUUUGUUGCCAUGAUGAGACAAGGCAAUCCAGAGUUGGUCACAGGAAGCAGGCGUCGCAGAUAAGGUCCAACAUUACUUAUGCAGAUUCUUUGUUGCUCUAACCAGGUCAAGUUGCAACCAAGAAUUGCAUUACACACAUUAUUAUUAUUAUUAUUAUUUGCUACUUUUUGUUGAAUCUUUAGACCUGUUAGAAGAAUUAACGUUCCUGAAAAUGGAACUUGUUAUAAUCACUUGAUGAUCUAGUUUAAAAUCCACAUUCUAUUGCUUUUUAUGGGAAUUGGAAAUUCCACCAAAGUCAGUCGGACUUGUUCGAUGGAAUAAUUAGAAUUCUCGAUCCCCCACUCAUUUUCUUAUUCCAUUAAGCAUUUGUUUGUUGCGCUUUUACUUUUGGCAUUUGACAAGAAUGUUCAUAAAGAUUGGUUAUUGAAGAAGUUAAGCUGGACUAAUUUAUUGGUU